AUGAAUACAUCCGACUCAUUGGCGCCGCCUCUGAGAGGCUCCAGCACCUCUGGGGGAGCCAAAAACAGCCACUCAUCGUCACGCUCGCCCACAGAUUCAGCUCUGUCAUCCUCCUCCAGCAGCACCCGGUCCCACUCAAGCUCCUCGACCCGAAACCACGAGCGUAACCAGAACCAACCUCAGACAUCAUACCAAUCCACCGAAUCUACCCCAAUCAACACAGCCGGUCCCGCGGGGCGCAAUUAUCAGUCUACAGAGCAAGCAGACGCCUCCCAGCUCAAAGACCAAUUAAACAACGCGAACCCUGGCAAUGCCAGCCAAUCAACCACCCAAGACUCGGCCCCCGAGCCCCAUCAGUCCUGGUAUAGUCGAUUCGCAGAUCGAUACGGCAGUCUCGAGCUAGAGAACAAAGGCAGUGUGGCCCGCGACCACCUCGCAUUAGAACGAACCUUCCUAGCCUGGAUGCGCACCUCCCUAGCCUUCGCCUCAAUCGGCAUCGCAGUAACGCAACUCUUCCGCCUGAACAGCGCCUCCACAAAGACAAAAACCAACUUCUUCGACCCAGCAUCCGGCUUACACGCAGGCAUCCUUCCACCGUACCUCGACUCGUCAGGCUACGAUUCAGCCGACCUCCACACCUCCUCUGCAACCGCCCGUCUUCGUAGCGUGGGUAAACCCCUCGGCUCCACUUUCAUCGGCGUCUCGAUCCUUAUCCUUAUGAUUGGCUUCCACCGCUACUUCCAGAGUCAGUAUUGGAUUAUUCGGGGGAAGUUCCCGGCUAGUCGGGGUAGUGUGGCACUUACGGCGUUUGUGGCUGCUUCGCUGAUUAUUGCUACUCUUGCGGUUAUCUUGGCGGUCUCGCCGGGAGCCAUUGAGAAUUAG